AUGCUUAGCACAGAGCCAAACACACCCUCACAGUCUGAGCAAACAUUCUUCAUUUCUUCAGCCAAAUAGGCUCCAGCCACAGGCUCGGCCUCUGAGUGCAGGCACUUCAACAGCUACAGUCAAUGUAGUGUCAGAACGAGCUAAAGUGAUGGAGACCCUGGAAAACAACUUACUCAAGUUGUCUAAUACAGAAUACAGUGAUUCAUUUUUAGGAAAAGACAAAGACACAUAUACAGAUGAUUCAGAACAUGGGAAUUAUGAUUCUCGCACAGAUCAGUCACUGCUUAUUCAAAACACAGUUACCAGACAGAAACCAGAACCUCGGAUUAAGUCAUCUUUGAAGAAUGAGAUGAAUGCCAUAGCAUCAUCAGGCCUCUUCUUCAAAGAUGGUAAAAAGCGCAUUGAUUACAUCUUGGUCUAUAAAAAGUCAAGUCUACAAAUAGAAAAAAGAAACACUUUUGAAAAGAACCUGAGGGCAGAGGGCUUAAUGUUAGAAAGAGAGCCAGCUAUUACGAGCAACGACAUAAUGUUUGUUAAAAUUCACUGUCCAUGGGAUACGUUAUGCAAAUAUGCAGAAAGAAUGAACAUCAGGAUGCCUUUCAGGAAAAAGUGUUAUUACACUGACUGGAGGAGCAAAACCAUGGGCAGUUUGCAGAGGAAUAUCAGAGAGCUGAAAAGUUGGUUGCCCAGAAAUCCAAUGAAGCUUGACAAGGAGGCCCUCCCUGACCUGGAAGAGACAGAUUGUUACACAGCACCCUUUAGCCGAGCGCGGAUCCACCACUUUACAAUAAACAACAAAGACAGCUUCUUCAGCAACUCCACAAGAAGUAGAAUAGUGCACCACAUGCUACAGAGAACGAAGUAUGAAGAUGGCAAAUCAAAAAUGGGUAUUAAUAGAUUACUCAAUAAUGGAACAUAUGAAGCUGCAUUUCCACCACAUGAGGGAAGCCACAAGAGCAGACAUCCCAUCAAAACACAUGGAGCUCAAAAUCACAGACACCUAUUAUAUGAGCGCUGGGCACGGUGGGGGAUGUGGUACAAAUACCAGCCUCUGGAUUUAAUCAGGCGGUAUUUUGGUGAAAAAAUUGGUCUUUAUUUUGCUUGGUUGGGAUGGUACACUGGAAUGCUCAUUCCUGCUGCACUUGUCGGGCUGUUUGUUUUCCUUUAUGGAUUGUUUACCAUGGAUUCUAGCCAAGUAAGCAAAGAGAUCUGCGAGGCAAAUGAAACCAUCAUGUGCCCUAUGUGCGAACGCAAUUGCACGCUACAGAAACUCAACGAAAGCUGCAUAUAUGCAAAGGUUACACAUUUGUUUGAUAAUGGAGGCACUGUCUUCUUUGCUAUUUUUAUGGCAAUAUGGGCUACAGUGUUUCUAGAGUUUUGGAAAAGGCGGAGAGCUGUGCUCACCUAUGACUGGGAUCUCAUAGACUGGGAGGAUGAAGAGGAAGAGCUGCGCCCCCAGUUUGAAGCAAAAUACUCCCAAGUGGAACGAGUAAAUCCCAUCACAGGAAAACCUGAACCUUUUCAACCCUUCCCUGAUAAACUUAGUCGACUGAUGGUGUCUGUCUCAGGAAUAUUCUUCAUGAUUUCUUUGGUACUCACUGCAGUGUUUGCAGUUGUGGUCUAUCGCCUGGUAGCUAUGGAACAAUUUGCAUCCUUCCAGUGGUAUUUUAUCAAAAAGUACUGGCAGUUUGCCACAUCUGGCACUGGAGUCUGUAUCAAUUUCAUGAUCAUCAUGUCACUUAAUGUAGUAUAUGAAAAAGUUGCCUAUCUCCUAACAGAUUUAGAGCAUCCUAGAACAGAAUCUGAAUGGGAAAACAGUUUUGCCUUGAAAAUGUUCCUCUUCCAGUUUGUCAACUUAAACAGCUCAAUCUUUUAUAUUGCUUUUUUCCUUGGCAGAUUUGCAGGCCGUCCAGGAAAAUACAACAAACUUUUUAAUAGAUGGAGACUGGAAGAGUGUCAUCCUAGUGGCUGUUUGAUAGAUCUCUGCUUGCAAAUGGGAGUUAUCAUGGUUUUAAAACAAAUGUGGAACAACUUCAUGGAACUGGGUUAUCCGUUACUACAGAACUGGUGGUCACGACGCAAGAUCAAGAAAGGAGGGCAGUUAUUGGAGCAUAAAAUUUCACUACCUCAAUGGGAAAAAGAUUGGAAUCUGCAGCCAAUGAAUCUCCAUGGCUUAAUGGAUGAGUACUUAGAGAUGGUUUUACAGUUUGGCUUUACCACCAUCUUCGUUGCUGCCUUCCCACUGGCACCGCUCCUGGCAUUGCUUAACAAUAUUAUAGAAAUAAGACUAGAUGCUUACAAGUUUGUUACCCAGUGGAGGAGACCUAUGCCUGCAAGAGCAACAGAUAUAGGUAUCUGGUAUGGAAUCCUUGAAGGAAUUGGAGUCCUGGCUGUCAUCACUAAUGCAUUUGUUAUUGCAAUUACUUCUGACUAUAUCCCACGUUUUGUCUAUGCAUACAAAUAUGGCCCUUGUACAGAUGAAGGAUACAGACAGGAAAAAUGUUUAAAGGGAUAUGUCAACAGUAGUUUAUCAGUAUUUGAUCUGAAUGAGCUUGGUAUGGGAUACUCAGGAUACUGCAGAUAUCGAGACUACAGAGCGCCACCCUGGAGUUCAGCUCCUUACGAGUUCACCUUGCAGUUCUGGCAUGUCCUAGCUGCACGGCUGGCUUUCAUUAUAGUAUUUGAGCACCUUGUUUUUGGAAUAAAGUCUUUCAUUGCCUACCUGAUCCCAGACAUGCCCAAAGACUUGUGUGACAGAAUGAGAAGAGAGAAAUACUUGGUCCAGGAAAUGAUGUAUGAGGCUGAACUAGAGCAUUUGCAGAGAGAGCGGAAAAAGAAUGGGAAACAGUAUCACCACGAAUGGCCUUAG